AUGGGUAACAAUACAUCUUCAAUCAGGAAUUCAAUUCCUCCCAACGACAUAACAGCAACAACAUUAUUCGAACAGGAGCCAGAAGUUCAUAAAAAGCAGGUGACGUACAGAAUUCCAGCUCUCAUCUAUAUCAGUGCCAAACAAACCUACCUUGCCUUCGCUGAAAAGCGGAAAACUUCUGACGACACUGAUGCAGAAGUGCUUGUGAUGAGAAGAGGAUGGUGGAAUGACAAGAACAUUGAGUGGGACAGUGAUCAUCUGGUGCUCAAUUCAGCUCUUCUACCAAACCACCGCAGCAUGAAUCCAUGUCCGGUCUAUGAGAAAGAUUCGGAUACACUCUUCCUGUUUUUUAUUUGUGUUCCCUUUGGUGUCUCUGAAAAUGAUCAAAUGAUAAAAAAAAAGAACCAGGCACAACUUUGUUACAUAACCAGUAAGGACACUGGCAGAAGCUGGAGUGAUAUUGCGAACUUGAACGAUGUGAUCAGUGAAAAGGAGAAACACUGGGCCACCUUUGCUGUUGGACCAGGACAUGGUUUUCAAAUGGAGAGCGGGAGACUGAUUAUCCCAGCAUAUGUGUAUUACUUUGAUUCCAAAAGUGCUUCAUCCUCCCCCAUAUCACAUGCAUUUGCAUUCUACAGUGAUGAUAAAGGAAGCACUUGGCAUGUAGGAGAUCAAAUGGAAGAUCUGGAGUCUGGUGAGUGUCAGAUGGCUGAGAUCAUGGACAAAGGUACCAGUACACUGUACUGCAAUGCUCGAAGUAAAUCCGGCUACAGAGUCGAGGCUCUAAGCGUGAAUGGUGGAAAAACAUUAAAAGAGCUUAAAUCUGCACAGCUGAUAGAGACUGGGAAGUAUGGUUGCCAAGGCAGUGUGCUGAAAAUUAUUUCCUCUGAUCAGAGUACUGGAGAUCAGAGUACAUGGCUGCUCUAUUCUCAUCCAUCUGAUAAAAAAGAAAGAAAGGAUCUCACAAUCUAUGUGAAUAAAUCACUGUCGGAUCCAAUGCAAUGGACGACCAUGAAGUGCAUCAAUGAAGGUCCAAGUGGAUACUCAGAUCUGGCAGAGUGUGAGGAUCAAAAGUACAUUGCCUGUCUCUUUGAAUGUGGACAGAAAAGUGAAAUUGAAAAGAUAGACUUCAAGCUUUCCGAUAUCAACAACACUACGGGGAAUCUCAUCCGAUUCCCUAUGCGCUGCAAUGGCCGCGACAUAAACUCUGAGAGUGGUAGCGGCUGCUCCAGCAGCAAACUUCUCCUGCAGGAAUUCCAGUACUGA